ACCGCGCGAAGCCUCACUUUCCCCGAAUCCCGGCCGCCGGGGACCGGAGUGGGGAAGUUGGGAGAGGGCGCCGAGCAAAAGUCCCACCCGGCGUGGGGGCUGGUGUGCGGGUCGCCGCGGGAGGGAGGCGCGGAAUAAAAGGGAAGCAAUGCAGAAAUCAGAGUGCCAUGGAGUUGUACAGUUGAGAAACAGAAAGGCAGGUAGCUGUGAUCAAAGGACAUCAUCAAGCAUGCAAAUAAAACAUAGGACUACAGUUCAACAAAGCAACUCCUCAUCUUCAAACAGUUCUCCAGAGACUGCAAGAAAAGUUCAUCCUCGACCAAGUGAUAAACUUAACCCCAAGACCAUUAACCCAUUUGGUGAACAGUCACGAGCUCCUUCUGCAUUUGCAGCCAUUUACUCUAAGGGAGGGAUUCCUUGCAGAUUGGUCCAUGGUUCAGUGAAACACAAAUUACAGUGGGAAUGUCCUCCUGAAAAUCUUCCAUUUGAUCCUCUUCUUAUUACUUUAGCUGAGGGUUUGAGGGAGACUAAACAUCCGUACACCUUUGUGUCAAAGGAGGGUUUUAGAGAAUUGCUGUUGGUCCAAGGAGCUCUUGAGAAAGCUGUACCUUUGCUUCCAAGACUGAUUCCUGUGCUAAAGGCAGCUCUGGUCCACAUGGAUGAUGAAGUGUUUGCAAGAGGACUGAAUGCUCUCGUGCAGCUGAGUGUAGUUGUUGGUCCUUCUCUAAAUGACCAUCUGAAACAUCUGCUUACAAGUCUUUCCAAGAGACUGAGGGAUAAGAAAUUCAAAGAGCCAAUCACCAGUGCAUUACAGAAGCUAGAACAGCAUGGUGGAAAUGGAAGCCUUAUCAUCAUCAAAUCUAAAAUUCCAACAUACUGCUCCAUAUGCUGUUGAAGAAGGGAGCCCACAGAAAUAUUGUUACUCCCUGGUGACAGGUGUUAAGUGCUGACCAUAGGUACCUUUGGAACCUUUUCAGAUUUACUUCCGUUUAUUCUUCUGUCAGCCACAGCCACCGUUCAUUAUUUACUACAUUAAGAUGAGUAUACAGUACCACUGAAUCAUAGUAAAAGUUAUUCAUCAACAACAAAAAUAGUAUGGUCAAUGAUGGAAAACUAUUAAAAACAGUUCUAUAAUAGUACAAUUUUGUGGGGUUGGUUUUUCGUAUUUUACAGUUUGGUAUGAACAACCAUUAUUGGGUUUAUAGCAGAUGUGUUUGUAUUUAUUUUCUAGUGCCUUUUUUUUUUUUUUAUAAUAGCCCUUUUCACAAUCAGUUUGUAGCUGUGUACUUAUUUUUAGACGUUUUUUCAUUUCUUGGGUUUUAUACUUAUCAAUGCUAUAGAAAUUUAAAGUAGUGGACAAGCAUUUGUGAAUUCACUGUUAAUUAUUGUCUGUAAAUAUGUAUUUUAUGGUGUAGGAUACUUGGAAAAAUUUCAUUCCAGAGUAUUCUAGUUUAAGACAUUUUUUUAAAUGUAUAAAUUCUCUUGUAAGUAUGUUAUUUAUUACACCUCUUUGAAACUAUCUAAACUUUAGAAGUUGUUUAUAUUUAAGUAAAUGUUAUUUUUGUAUCCCAUAGUCUGAAAAUACUGGAGAUACUCAUUUCAUGAAGAUACUCAGAAAUUAAAAUCUUAAAACUCUUAAAUGUACCCAGU